AUGAAUCCCAUACCAAGUUUGGGAAACGCUUAUCACUUGGUUGCUGAAGACGAGCGGCAGAGAACCAUAUCGGGAGAAAAGACGCCACCCACCGAGGUCACUGCCUUCAAGGCGUUUGUUCCUAACAAACGAAGCAACAAUUUCAAUCAUCGACAAGAUAAGACAACCUCAAAGGACCAGAAGCGCGGAGAUGUGACUAAGCAGUGCACUCAUUGCGGGAGAAGUGGACACAACCGAGAUGGAUGUUUCAAAAUAAUCGGUUAUCCGGAAUGGUGGCCAGGCAAGGUAAAACGUGAAGAAGGAAAACCAAGAGCUGCUCAUGUUGAAACCGAUGCGAGUCCCGUACCGGACUUGACAAAAGAACAAUACCAAUCCUUCUUGAAACACUUUGUCGAGAACGACAUCAAAGAGGACACGGUUAGGAUGGCAAACAUGGCAGGUAAAAGGGGUUGGGAUAAGGAAUGGGUUGUGGACUCAGGAGCCACAGAACAUAUAACCUAUGAUGAAACAAUCCUUAAUAAUAAAUUUUUUUGUCCAAAUGAGGAACCUAUUAUCAUUCCUAAUGGAUGCACCAUUCCUAAGCUUCACACGAGGAGCUUGAUUGGUGCGGGUAAAUGUAAGAAAGGCCUGUACCGAAUGGGGAUGUUUGACGGGGAAAGAAGAGCUUUGAUGGUUACUGAGGACAUCUGGCAUAAAAGGUUGGGACAUGCAUCCGAAGAUAAGCUUGCAACUAUUGAAUUCCUCAAAAAUAUUUCUUUAAACGAUUUAUGUGACUCUUGUUCUAAAGCUAAACACGCUAGGCUUCCGUUUUCAAAUAGUUUCAUUAAGACAAAUACUUGUUUCGAUUUGGUGCAUUGUGAUAUUUGGGGAAAAUAUCAUACUCCGUCUUUUUCAGGGGCAAAUUACUUUUUAACCAUUGUCGAUGAUCAUAGCAGGGCCACUUGGGUGUUCCUUCUAAAAUUCAAACAUGAAGCAAGUAAGUGGUUAAAGUUUUUUUGCAACAUGGUGAAAACCCAAUUUGAAAAAUCCGUUAAAAGAAUUAGAUGUGAUAACGGAGGGGAAUUCACGUCCAACAAAAUGAUUGAAUUUUAUGAGGAACGGGGUAUUUUGCUUGAAACCACUUGCCCUCACACACCUCAACAAAACGGAGUUGUUGAGCGAAAACACCGACACUUGCUCGAAGUUGCUAGGUCCUUAUGGUUCGAAGCCAACUUACCCAAAAGAUUUUGGGGCGAGUGCAUCCUUACGGCCACUUACAUCAUUAACCGACUUCCAUCCAAGGUUAUUGGUGACAAAACACCUUUUGAAUUAUUAUUCAAUCGAAAGCCCGAUUACGACAAUAUGAGGGUCUUUGGUUGUUUGGCGUACUUUCGAAACACCGACACGGAAGGAGACAAAUUUGAAGAAAGAGGGAGGCCCGGAUUGUUCGUAGGCUACCCCCAGGAACAAAAGGAGCCUACUGUUGAUGAGUCCCUGGUUAAUUGGCCAAAUAAAAAUAAUGAACACAAUAGUGAAUAUGUUGGUCAAGAAACCAUAGAUACCAACAAUGUGGGCCACACUAAUGAAAAUGGAGAUAUGGCUACUAGUAAUAAUAAAGCCCAACAUGAAGAAAAUUCCUUUUUUCAUGAAAUGCAACAUGAAGACACUAUGGAGAAUAGUGAAGUCCAUCCAAAUUUCGAGCAUACCAGAAUCAAAAGAACCAGGUCUCAACCAGCUCACUUGAGCGAUUAUCAUGUCAAGCUUCCCCCGUCGGUUGACCAUGCAAAACCCGCACCAAGUCAAGAGUCCUCCACGGUACAUCCUUUGUCCAAUUUUGUUUCUUACGAAAAAUUUUCCAAAUCUCACAAAGUUUUUUUAGCGGCCAUUAGUUCUACCAAUGAGCCGAAAACUUUUAAUCAAGCUAUUCAGGACGAAAGAUGGAAAGAAGCUAUGAAAAAGGAAAUACGGGCUCUUGAAGAAAAUGGUACGUGGACCUUAAUGGAUCUUCCAAAAGGGAAACAUGCCGUUGAUUCAAAAUGGGUUUAUAAAAUUAAAUAUAAACCGAAUGGAGAAAUAGAACGGUUUAAAGCCCGUCUCGUUGCAAAAGGAUUUACGCAGAUGGAGGGGGUCGAUUAUCACGACACUUUCGCUCCGGUCGCCAAAUUAGUUACGGUUAGAACGCUUCUCGCCGUAGCUAUAAAAAAAAAACUGGGCCGUUCACCAACUUGA